GAAGAGAAACCCCUUUGCAGGCUUUGCUUCACUUUAUUUGUUCCUCUCUCCCUCUCUCUCCAUUCCGUUCCCCCUCAUUGCGGCUCAACAAGAACAUAGCAAGCCCCCACCUUCACACCUCAUCCUACACGGAAACCACUCCUCUCUCUCUCCUCCAGCCAAUGGCACCACACGCAACUGACGACGGCAACAUGGCAACCAACGGCGUUCCUCUCACCAACGGCGACGUGCCCACCUCCAGAGUCCUCUCGCACCUGAACUCGUACCCCGUCGUGCAUGACAGCGUCGAAACAUUCAAGACACAUCCCUACGGCGAGCGCGCCCUCACCCUCGCCAGCAACACGUACAACAACGUCGUCGCGCCCCUGCACCCCUACCUGCGCACCCCUUACUCCUACAUCUCGCCUUACCUCGCCCGCGCCGACCAGCUCGGCGACAGCGGCCUCUCGACCCUCGAGUCGCACCUCCCCAUCGUCAAGGAAGACACACAGAAGCUCAAGCAGUAUGCUUACUCGCCUGUCAACUAUGUCCACGGCGCCUGGCAGGACGAGUACAACAAGACGCAUUAUAACAAUGGCGUCUUGAAGAUGGGUGUUGCCGCUGUUAGCUUUGAGCUGAGGAUGAUCAGCGAUGCUUGUGAUGUUGUGCUUGCUUACCUUAACAAGGGGAAGGAGCAGGCUAAGAAGAAGGCUGAGGAGGUUAAGCAGUAAGCUUUCUUGCGACAGAACUCGGGGAGGGCUAGUGAACUUGUACUUUUCCUGGCUAUCUUCUUCUUCGUCUUUUUUUUUCUCUCGGAUUUACACAAGUCUU